GCGCGGCCAGGCACUGUAGUUCCCCCGGCGCCCGGCUCCCUCGCGCUAGUCGUGCUGUGUUGUGAUCACGUGGCCGGCUCCGGGCGCGGCGCUUGUUUUGGUUUCCUCCAGCUUGCCCUGCAAGCCUCGAGGUUAGCUGCUUUCUUGCACCGGUUGCCGCACCUGCAAACGCCCUGGUCUCGGGUUCCUCGGGCUCCGCCCGUGCUACCCGAAGCCCUCUCGGGGCGGGCUUCUGCCAUGCCGCUGCUCCGCUACAGAAAGGUGGUCAUCCUCGGAUACCGCUCCGUAGGGAAGACAUCCUUGGCACAUCAAUUUGUGGAAGGCGAGUUCUUGGAAGGUUACGACCCCACAGUGGAGAACACUUACAGCAAGAUAGUGACUCUUGGCAAAGAUGAGUUUCACCUACACCUGGUGGAUACAGCAGGGCAGGAUGAGUACAGCAUUCUGCCCUAUUCAUUCAUCAUUGGCGUCCAUGGUUAUGUGCUCGUCUAUUCUAUCACCUCCCUGCAUAGCUUCCAAGUCGUUGAAAGUCUCUACCAAAAGCUACAUGAAGGCCAUGGGAAAACCCGGUUGCCAGUGGUACUAGUGGGGAACAAGGCGGAUCUCUCUCCAGACAGAGAGGUGCAGGCAGUUGAAGGGAAGAGGCUGGCAGAGUCCUGGGGUGCGACAUUUAUGGAGUCAUCUGCUAGAGAGAAUCAGCUGGCUCAAAGCAUCUUCACCAGAAUCAUCCAGGAGAUCGCCCGGGUGGAGAAUUCCUACGGGCCGGAGCGGCGCUGCCUCCUCAUGUGAGCCCUGAAGCACAGGAUGAUGGCUUCAGGUCUGCCCCUGGCAUUUGCCAGGCUCCAGUGGUCCAGGGCAGGGCCAGCAGGCCCUCAAAGACUUCACGGGUACUGUUGCCACCGCGCAGUGUGGCACCCUUCAUGUGUAUACACUUUCCCUGGGCUCCAGCAGCCUGGGCGUCACUGUUUACAGUGGGGCAAAGAUGUGGGUGGGCACUGGCCUCUGGCCCCUGUUUUUUGCUGUAUGAAUUCUGUUCUAACCAGCAGGGCUGGGAUGUGGGAGUCCUGGUCCCUGUUUAUCCAGGUCCAUUCCAUCCUGUGUUGGUUGGGUGAGCUAAGCUGGAGGCACAGGAAGCAGAGCUGGCUCCCUGGGAUGACAAUGUACAUAUGCAAAUAAACUAAGAACUCUUUUGUUGUUGACUUCUCUGAAUCUGGGGAGAGUGCCGAGCCAAUGGCUCCUCUUCCAAGCAGUGAUGGCUGUGACCUAUGGGGAGGUAGGGGGAAGCGUUCCUACCCCCAUUGCUUCCUUUCUUUUAAGCACAGUUACCCUGAAACUUAACUACUUACCUUCCCUACCUUUCCAUUCUGCUGGGUUCUCUGUCCCCUCGGCCGCCACUCCCACCAGUUUGUAGGCACUGGAGAUCCCCUUCCCUACAGAAACACCACCCCCUAGUGGCCAGAUGCCACUUGCUGACCCAGCCAUCCUGGUGGGGCCUUGGCAUUUGCUAGGACCAGAGGGAAGGGUUUGGGAGGAACGAAGUCCCCCAUGCCUGAGUUUGUGGCAGUGGAGGAGACUAGAGGCAGGCAUUAAAAGUGUUGUGAAGAUCUGGAUUCCCAAGAGUUGAGUAAAGGAAGAAAUAAUGUCCCUGGUGUAUAUCCCUGGUGUGUAUCUCCCUGCUGCCCCCUUUCCCACUGCCUUCCAUUAAAAUGGACUUUGCUCCUCUCA